AUGAGAAUAUGGACCUGGAGUGCAAAACUUAGAAUUCCAUUGCUGGUGUAUUUUUUCCUGAAUAUAAAACACUGCGUCAUGUUUACCAUGUUUUUAGCGUCUCAAAAUUGCACCCCGGCGUUUCGAAAUCGCUUCAAGUCGUUUGCUACGCUUGAUUUGCGCAACAUGUCUACUGACAGCGCAAUUCAGCACGAGAAUUGGCAAAAGUCUCUACCCAAGCAUCUAAGGGACAAGAUAAAUAGAAGGCUGGAUAUGGACCCCAGCAACCCUGUAGGCAUUAUGACACACUGCAUCAAGGCAUUUUUCCAAGGUUCAAACCCGAACAUUUCCUAUUAUACGGUACCUUCACUGCCCAUAUCUAUCCUUGAGAAUUUUGAUAGGCUUUUGGUACCAUACACCCAUCCCAGCAGAUCGCCCACUGAAAGCUUUUACAUCACGUCCAAUUACGCCAACACAUACAACUAUUUGCUGCCAGAAUAUAACAAGCACCAAAUUGAGUCCCUAACACCCAGUGAAGUUAACGAAUUGAGCGACAAAUGUGGACACGAUGAGCUGUUAAUGCCUACCCACACUACUUUUUACCUACCAAAGCUACUAUCGCAGGGCCUAACUGGCGCCACAUACUCAGGGCAAGUAUGGAGAAAAGAUUCCAUCGACUCCCUCCAUUACCCAGUCUUCCACCAAAUGGAUGGAUAUCGGCUAUUCAUGAAUGAUGACCUAGAUGACUGCAACAUAAUUUCAGACCUAAAGGAGACAAUGGAGAAGUUGAUCAGAUACCUGUUUAGCAAAACAAAGGGCCACGCAAUAUCCAUUAAUUGGAGCGACGACACUUUUCCCUUCACCGAACCUUCUUUUGAGAUGUCUGUAAGCAUAGAGGGGCUACCCAUAGAAGUCCUUGGCUGCGGAUUGAUCAAGCCUCAAAUCAUUCGACAUAGCUUGCCAAGAUCGUUUCAAUCGCAAAAUUUGCCAAUGCCUAUUGGAUGGGCGUUUGGAAUUGGAUUAGAACGCCUGUGCAUGGCGUUGUUCGGCAUCCCUGACGUCAGGUUAUUUUGGGAAAAAGACAAACGGUUUGCUUCACAAUUUGCAGACGCACUCAAGAAAGAUGAAUUUACCCAAUUUGUAAGGUACAGUCAUCAUCCUGCUGUGGAGAGGGACAUAUCCUUCUUCCUCCCUCACGGCCACGACGAUGACAUUGGAAAAUUUCAGCAGAGAUUCAUAGACCUUGUCAAAAGAAUCGGAGGCGGCUUGGUAGAAUCCGUGCAGCUGUACGACCGGUAUCAGCGGGUAGUAGACGGUCAGUCUAGAUUAUCACUCUGCUACCGGAUAACAUACAGGGACUUUCAGAACCUGACAAAUGCCCAGGUCAACAAGCUACACGCCCGAAUCUCUGACCAGCUAAUCCGUUCCCUAGGCAUUACCAUACGUUAG